GGAGGGGAGUACCAGCUGGUGCACCCAUGCCACAGGCUCCAGCAGGAUUAGCAGGCCCUGUCAGAGGAGUGGGAGGACCAUCCCAACAGGUGAUGACACCUCAGGGUCGUGGAACAGUUGCAGCUGCUGCUGCAGCAGCCACUGCUAGCAUAGCAGGAGCCCCAACUCAGUACACACCGGGGCGUGGGGGUCCUCCUCCACCCAUGAGCAGAGGAGCACCUCCUCCAGGAAUGAUGGGACCUCCUCCAGGCAUGAGACCACCUAUGGGCCCACCGAUGGGAAUGCCACCUGGCCGAGGUGCUCCUAUGGGAAUGCCCCCACCAGGCAUGAGACCACCACCCCCAGGAAUGAGAGGACCCCCUCCACCUGGCAUGCGUCCACCAAGGCCGUAAGAUAUUCUAAAAUGUACCUCUGAACUGUGAGAAGACCGAUUAAGGGAAUAUACGGAGCAGUACCACCUGUCAAAACUUUGCUAUGUACAUUUUAUAUUUACUGCUUGUAAAGUUUGCCCUUUUUAAUAAAGUUGGAAAA